UGCUUCAUUGCACCAUUUACUUCCUUUCUACUUAAUUCUGGUUUGACAAACUGCUGAAUUGACAAUCAUCAUCAUCGUCAUGAGAACUUUAAAAGGCCCUUGCCCUGCACAAUUGUAUUCCGCUCAGCGUUGCUGCUUCUCACUCCACGGGACUCCGUCCGACCCACUGGUGGACCAUCGCAACCACAACAAAACUUCUAAUUCAGAUGUGUUGAUGGCCGACUAUAUAGCAAGCAAUGAGAGUGCAACAUGGACCAAUACCUCCCACAACAACACUUGCCUACUACCCUACACUGUUUAUCCAUCAUUUAUGCUUAUUGCAUACACCACCAUUUGUAUAGCUGGAGCCAUUCUCAACUGCCUGGCUUUCACCGUAUACUUCUGUCACAUUCCCAGCAGCAAUAGCGUCAUCGUUUAUUUGAAAAAUCUGGUGGUGGCCGAUUCAUUGCUCGUUCUGUCUCUGCCGAUAAGGAUCAUAGAGCUGAACGUCAUGUUCUCUGUCGCAUUCAGGAAAUUCUACUGUAGUUUCAUAGCUUCAAUCUUCUAUUUGAAUAUGUACUCGAGCAUUCUCUUCCUCGGGUACAUAGCUGGCAACAGAUACCUCAAGAUUGUGAAACCACUCAAUACGUACUCUAUCCAAAGACUCCGAUCUGCCAAAAUUCUCUCUGUAGGAACCUGGUGCACACUCUUUGCCCUUGGAUUGUCUUAUGUAUUCCUGAAGGGGGAAAAGGAGGUAAAGACCAAUUUGAAAACAGCUUGCCUGGAAUUUAGAGGAGGUUUUGGAGUAUACUGGCAUCUAGCCCUUCACACUAGUGGCACAAUCUUGUUUCUCCUUGUGUUAAUAGCUCUCUGCUUCUUCUACUUUCAAACCCUGAAGCGACUGGAGAAGUCCCCAUCUUCGAGUUCAAGCAAGAAGAAAGUCAAGGCAAAAAACAACAUUCUCAUUCUGCUUGUCGUGUUCCUAAUUUGCUUUGUCCCAUAUCACAUAGUCAGGAUUCCUUACAUAUUGAGUCAGAUAAAUGUAAUCCCCAAUUGUUACUGGAGGAGGAUGCUGCUCAACUUCAAGGAGCCCACCAUUGUUCUGGCAACGCUUAAUUCGUGCUUGGAUCCGGUGAUCUACUUCUUAUCCUGCAAGGCAUUUAGGUCGAAGUUGGGGCUGGAUAAAAAUGAAAGUGACAGCGACCCACCCGAAGACCGAUCUUCACGUGCGAACACGUCGCAAACUGUGCUGGACUCGCCUGCCAACAGCCACGUCAACAAUGCAAAUGACUGCAGUAUUAACCUUGAAAAGCUGAACUAGGUUUCCA